ACUAUUCCAUUUUACGCCCAACCUCAUCAUUUCCCAUACCUUUCUAUUGCGAGAACCCCCCUGACAUACUCAGCCGGAUCACCACCAGAACCCCGUGUCGCUCCCGUCUUGUGCAGCCCUCAACCACUACCCCGCGGGACCUUGAGGCAGCCAAGACCAGCAAACUUUUGCCUUGUGACGAUAUAACAAGAUGACUGCGGAAGAGAGCAGCUCUGCCCCAAAUGGAGAUGAAAGCCUCCACAACGACCACCCCGACGACACUAGCCAGAGUUCUGAUCUUGAAUCAAGCACCUCACAGGCCCCUGAAGAACUCGCAGCCGAGCUCGACUAUUUUAGAGGUCUUCUGGAACGGAUCAUGACCAUUGUCCGCAGCGGAGAUCAGGCGCGUGUUGCUCACUUGAUCUCCAUCAUUCGUGCCAAUCCCUCUGAUACCGACAUCUACGCUCUGCUGAGCAACGAUCCUGCCAUCAAUGAUAUUUCCGAGGAUGAAGAUGACGAAAGCCCCAGGGAAGAGAACAAUUAGAGUGCUACUCGAGUCAUGUCUCCCAUCAAGUCAAAAUCGUGUUCGGCAGGGAUUCGUGAUAAACUCUAUGGGCUAUGAGACAGUUUCUCCUCGGGUUGACCCUGGUUGACCGCAGGAUGCACUAAUGGGGAGGAGAAUGGUUGGGUGAAACAUUCUGUCACUUAGAAU